CAGGCCAAUAAGAAGGCGGCGAGGGGGAUUCCCGCGCCAACUGCCGCGCCGCCUGGUUUUUAAAUGGUACCCAGGGGAACACCUUGCAGCGGCGGUGGGAGGAGUGGGGGACCUGGAGGGAGGUGGUGAAAUAGAAUGGUCUUGGGGGACGGGACUCCAGGGGUUUGACGAUUAGGCGUCAAGACUGACUUAGACCUGGAAAGAAAACCAGAGGCGGUCGAGGAGAGAGGCCAAACGCCAGGCAGGGCGAAGUCAGCCGGAGAUGGAGUGGAAACUGGAGCGCACCGCGCCUCGGAGGGUCCGCACCGAAGAGGAGAUGCUGUGGGAAAGUAUCAUGCGGGUGCUCUCCAAAGAACUGAAGCAGAAGAAAAGUCAAAGCUCCACCAAGGUAUUUGAUUCAGUUAAUGCUACGUAUUCUGACUUUAAGAGUCACUUUGCGAAGAGGUUGUCCGCGGAAGUUCCUGUUGCGAGUAGCCCCAUUACCACAAGGUGGAGGCAAAGUCAAACUAGGGCUUUGUCCUCUGAUUCCUUUGGGGAAGAGCAGUCAACCACCUACCUCCCAGAAGCUUCCGGAUCAGUGCUGAAGACAACGCCUGAGAAAGAAACCUGGACUCCAGGAUCCUGCAAAGAACCACCGAAAACCCCCAGCAAAGGAAUUUCUGAAACAAGUAACUCUGCUCUCCAUUUUUGCAAGGCACCUCAUACAAUGGAUAGAGACUGGAAAGAAAAUGUUGCCUCAAAAGGGCAGAAAUGCCUAAAACAACUCUUUGUAACCCAGAAGGUGGUUCAGCAGGCUAAUGGAAAAAUGCAGCUCUGUGAGCAAUCCCAAUGUGUUUGGAAAGGCUGCAAAGAUGGAGUCAGAGAUGAAUCCUUCCAUCUUAAAAGGUCCAGUGAUAUAAACGAUUCCAUACUCCAGCCAGAGGUGAAGAUUCAUCUUACUGGUCUUCGAAAUGACUACUAUCUGAAUAUCCUAGACUGGAGUUUUCAGAAUCUUGUUGCCAUAGCCCUGGGCUCUGCUGUAUACAUCUGGAAUGGGGAGAACUGCAAUGGGAUUGAAACCAUAGACUUAAGUCUCACUUGUAACUAUAUCUCUUCUGUGUCCUGGAUAAAAGAGGGAACUUGCCUGGCAGUUGGCACCAGCGAGGGAGAAGUGCAAUUAUGGGAUGUGGUAACUAAAAAGCGGCUGAGAAAUAUGCUUGGUCAUUUGUCAGUAGUUGGGGCUCUGAGCUGGAAUCACUUUAUCCUCAGCAGUGGGUCAAGAUUGGGGCGUGUUUAUCAUCAUGAUGUUCGGGUAGCCCAGCAUCAUGUUGGAACACUUCGCCACAAGCAAGCUGUGUGUGCUCUGAAGUGGUCACCGGAUGGCAGGCUGCUUUCCAGCGGCUGCAGUGAUGGACUGCUGACAAUAUGGCCCCACGACCCAGGUGCCAGUGCACAGGGCCAACCGCUGAAAGUCAUACCCCGGUCUACAGCAGUCAAGGCUAUGGAUUGGUGUCCCUGGCAGUCUGGGGUCCUUGCCAUUGGAGGAGGAAUGAAGGAUGGAUGCUUACACAUCUUGGAUAUAGAUGCUGGGAAGAGCAUACAGACCCCAAGCACAAACUCACAGAUUUGUUCCUUAAUCUGGCUACCUAAGACAAAGGAGAUUGCAACUGGCCUCGGUACUCCCAAGAAUGAUGUGACUGUGUGGACUUGUCCCACUGUGUCCAGGUCUGGUGGGUUUUUUGGCCACAGGGGCAGAGUGCUGCACCUGGCUUUGAGUCCAGACCAGACCCGGGUGUUUUCUGCUGCAGCUGAUGGGACGGCCUCUGUAUGGAAUUGCUACUAGCACCCAGCCCCUCUAGGUUUCAGUUUCCUUAUUUCUAAGUGAAGAUGAUGAUGUUGGCUAUGUCUUCUCCAUGGAGUUUUUAUGAGUAUCAAACAAGUUGAAAUACUCUUCUUGAUGUGAAUGCCUGUUUUCCUGUUCUUUCUCAGAUUGCUUUAUUUGCUCUGCCUCCCAGAGAUCGACUUCUUUCCUUCUCUGCUUUCCUCUUUCUGCCCCUCUUCCUCCCCCUUUUCUUCUUCCUCCCCUUCUUACCCCUUUCUAGAGAUUCAUUUUCACUACUUUAUUCAGAAUAACAUCUACAGCAAAGAUUUCUACUUCUUUCCCAUCUGACUUUUCUCCCUAGCUCCAAACCUCAUAUUUCUGUUUGCCUCGGGAUAGUUCCCUUUCGAGAUUCUUUCCUGUCUUUAGCUCAAUCUCAACACAUUGAAAACACGACCCAUUCACUUGAAAAACAUUUAUUAAAAUCUCACUAUAUGCUAGGCAGUAUGUUAAGCAUGCAUAUUACUUUCUCUAAAAAUCAGUUCUGUAGGAAUCUCUUCUCCUCCUGAUGGUCUUAUCCUUAUCCUGGUCCCCUACUCAGGGAACCUCCUGGUUCUUCUCUGUGCUUCCUUGGUUCACCCUUUGCUCUCUUUUCUUUUGUUUCACUUAGUCACAUCCUGCGUGCCUGACAGCUAGUCUGCUGUAGUUGCCUUAUAACUGUUUCUCUUGACUCCACACCACUGCUAGGUUAAGCAUCUAAAAGUCCCGUGCUGAUCCUCUCAGUCUCCUGCUCGUAAACUCUCGAGGACACCCUAUUACCAAGCACCUUUGACCUCGGCCUCUGGAGUCCUGAGCCCAGGACUUGAAGUUAGAUCUGUUCUUGCCUUGGCUCUGCCAUAAAUACACCCUGUAACCUUGGAUGUGUUGCAACAUCUGCAAGGAUAGGAAUUUGGAUUUGAUCACUGCUAAGGUUCCUUCAAACUUGAUCAGUUCACUGUUCUGUCUUUUGAAUGUUGAUUCCCAUUCAUCUCCUAUAUUAAGACUUUGGUUAAGUCUUGUGAUUUCCUGCCUUGUUGGAGCUUUUCUUCUAAUCUGAAUUCUUGCUUCUCUCUCCUUUUCCUUUACACACCCACACAAGUCCUAACCUCUCCAGGAAGUGUUUUGAAAUGAUGUUACCUGGGUUUGAGUUCUUGGCAUUAGCCUGUAUCAUCUACCUGGUAUUACUAUACUAUUACAGCUGUUUAAAAAAAUCUUA